UCUACUGACAUUAUCCGCCAGUGUCAGGGUGCCGAGUCCCCCUAUAUAAGUUCUUGUCUGUGAGAGUUCUGUAGACCAGCCGCUGUCUAAAGGACUUUUCUCACCAGACGACAACAAGAGUUACUCCAUUUCCUUUCUGUUUACUACAAGCACGCAUUUUUCUUUAACCAAAACUGAACAUUGACUUAGUAAAGAUCAAAAGUGAACGUUGACUUAAAGAGACCUAAACUGAACAUUGACUUGAUAAAGAUAAAAACUGAACAUUGACUUGAUAGAAAAGUUGCCAGUAAAAUUCUAAAGUUGCCACCCGGAGAUGCAAACAAAAGUUGCCAAUGCUUGGGCUCCGCUCCUUGCUCUACUUGUUUACGGAGGCGGGGCGGUACAUCUGGAUGUGGUGCCCAGCGACUUUCUUGACGGUGUGACGGACGCCAUUGUGAUGACGUGUCUCCCCGAUGGUACCGGGGUCAAGGCCAGACAGAUCCUGCUGAUGGAGAUCUCCAAGGACGCCGAGACGCCCAUCGUCAACAUCCAACCUCCGGACAAGCUGAACUACGCCCACGGCGACGGGGGGCUUUUCCAGGCUCAGGGUGCCAUCAACAACACUGACAUCGCAGAAAGUUACCUGACGCUGACCAUCAGGUACCCCAGCAGUGACAACGUGGGCAUCUACACCUGCGUCAUGUCCUACCUGGACGAGACAGGACUGCUCAAACAAGACCGGGACAUGGUCCGUCUCAGCCUCAAUGCCACUAACGGUGCCAGUCUGGACGACAAGGUCAGUAACCUCCAGAAGAGUGUGGACAACCUGUUGGAAAGGGUCAAGGCCGUCGAGCGGUCCAAUCAGCAGAUGCUUCUCUCCGUGAGGAACCAAUCAGAUCAGCUGGAGGCCGUCAAAGAGAAAAUGAGUUUAACUGCGGCAUUUUCUGCCACUUUGAGAGAAGAGAAAAACAUCGUCACUGGUGACACAAUUCUCUUCAAUGACGUCAUGUUGAACGAAGGUCAAGGCUACAACCAAAGUUCUGGCAUUUUCACAGCGCCGUCUGCUGGCCUGUAUGUCUUCCACGUGGUGCUAGAGAUUGGCUAUGGCGGCGCUGUUGGGGAGAUCCUCCUGAACGUUGCAGGCGCCAAUCUGGCGAAGAUGUACACACAGGAUAGGGACUUUGGCGACCAAGGCUCCAUCAGCGUCGUCGCUAGGCUGAAAAAGUCGGACGCGGUCAAGGUCGUUGUGAAUUUAGCAUCCGGAAGUAACCCAAAAGCGUUGUCUGAGAGACUGUGUGUCUUCUCUGGCAUUCUGGUCCGACCUUGAGAAAACUUGAUGGUCUGACCUUGAGAAAACUUGGUGGUCCGACCUUGAUGGUUUCAGCAACUCCUACUUUUCUCCCCUCUGAUACAUUUGUAGCCUCGGACUCUCGGCAUCGUCAACAGGAAACUGGUUGCCUUGUUCGUUCUCGUGGGUUAAAGGUCAAGUCCAGAGGUAGCUCACUUCCGGUUUUCUUCGAUAUUUUUGUAGCGCUAGUUCAAUAAUCAUGAUAUUAGGGAAUAUCAAAAUAUGUGUAGCGCUAGUUAAAUAAUCAUGAUAUUAGGGAAUAUCAAAAUAUGUGUAGUACUAAUUAAAUAAUCAUGACAUUGUGGAAUAUCAAAAUAUGUGUAGUACUAAUUAAAGUGCUUAUGUUUUUACCAAUGCCAAAAUUGAGUUACGUUUAAGCAAGAUUCAGUAACGCUCUCUCUAGGAACAAAGACCACCCUCUGGUUUAUUUUGCGAUGAUAAACUUUUGAUCAAUAAUGUCUUUUUUUUUAAUUAGAUGGUUUUUUUUUUUAAAUCAAAAGCCAUCUAAAUGUAAUAUAUAUUCUAAACAAUGCAAAUACUUUUCUAUUUUAAUAAAUUAUUUUUUCUAUAUAUGUUCAGUUUGCUAUGGCGGCACUGUCAGCUUUCUAGAGAUUAUGGCUCAAGGGGCGCUAGCUUACAGGGGUGGAUUUCCAAGGGGCGCCAGUUUACAGAAGUGGAGGCUCAAGGGGCGCUAGUUUACAGGGGUGAGGCUCAAGGGCGCUAGUUUACAGGGGUGGAUUUCCAAUGAGCGCUAGUUUACAGGGGUGGAGGCUCAAUGGGCGCUAGUUUACAGGGGUAAACCACUAAUCUCGGCUAUAGAUGUACAUGUAACAUUAUUAGGUUAUAUUUUACUUGCUUCAGUUAUCAUGAACACUGUUUAAAAUGUGUAAAUAGUUGCCUACAUGUUGAAAGUGUUGUGUAAAUAGCACACAUAUAUUUAAUGUCGUCCUCACUCACGAUAAAUAAAAUGUUUUUUUAAAACCAACCAA